UUUUAAUGUGAUGUCGACGGGGUUUUCUGUGGUCAUCUGCAGCGCUGCAGCGUCACAGGAUCAAGCACCGUAUCCAGGCAUAUGACAACAAACCCUUCAGGAAACACCGGCUUCAACACAAGGUUGAACCUGAACAUGUACAGACACGAGCAAGAAAGCCGUUUCUCUUCUUCGUCUCUCUUCGCAGGAAUGCUGAUAAUGUUUAUCAUACACAAAUAUAUCUGACAGCAGCUAUCAGAAAUUAAAGCUUGUGGCCAGUACAAGGGUUUUUGAGUUGCUAAAACAAAAACUGUGUGUGGUCUUCUUCAAAAGACUUACCCUCUAAUCUUCAGGUUUUACAACAAUGUUAGUAUGGCUGAUAGUAAUCUUAAUCAGUUAGUUGUAUGUUACGUAGUAGCAGUAAAAAGUUCAUUGCCAUGCAGAACAGUAAUUGAGAGUACGUCCAGCAGGCUAUGUUCCCAUCUUAUAUAUACACUUUUUCUUUUCUUUUUUCUUCUUUCUUUUUUUUGACAGUGUGAAUCUGGGGAAACUGUCAGGUCAGACUUAAUAAGGUUUUGCAUCAACAAUCAUAAAUCAACACAGGUCUAAUGCAUUGAAUAGUUAUACAUAGACAGGUUGUUGCAAACCCUUUCAUACUAUAAGCUAUACGUGCACACAUACCGUAUAAAUACAUGAACAUCGUUUUUUCAUUGUUUUGUACAAGUAAAGAUCUUUAGAAGCCUUUCAAGUGUGUGUUUAUUUCACAAACCCCUUUGUCUCUCUCUUCUUCACUCUCCGGAUCUAUAAAACAUCUUUCAGGCUGUUUAAAUGUGUGAGUGCUUUGUUCGGUGGAGAGGUCAGUAAACGAGUCUAAAAGGCCCUUAAAAUCUCUCUCAGGAUAAACUGAUGAAGUCAAGAUAGUAAAGCAGAAUCCAAGAGCAUAAUUUGUAAAAUGGAAGCAAAUGCAUAUUCACAAUUUAUUUUUAAACAAUUAAAAUGCUGUAAUGUUUCAGGAAAUGUGAUGGGGGUAGACUGUAUAAAAACAGGGGUGUACCUUAUUCAUGGAAGGUGUCUAGUGAGAAAGCGAAGGCGGGGUCUGUGUUCUGUGGAAGACAGCACUGAUCAACUGCAUUAGUCUACUUCACAUCACAACACAUGAGCAGGAACGCUUGAUGAUACACAGGGCUGGAUGAACUUAACUAUCCAUUUUAUUUUGAUUUUUUUUUCUCUGUUUCUUUACACAUCUCAAACUUGUUUACCAUUUUGUCUUGAACAUAUACCAAUGAAAUCAGAUAAAAGCAUGCAUUUUAAUGUAGAGUGCAGAUCUCUGGCAUUAUGGCAGAUCAAAUGUUGGUGUUCUUUCACCUGCAAGAGAUGAAGAGAAAUUCAUUUGGAUAGAAAUAUUUCUAUAGGCUAUAGCGAAGGACACUGAGAAGCCAUCAGAAACAAUAAGCAGACAUGGAGACAUUUACGAUUCACGAUAUGCUCAUCAAUUCCACUGAUAUUUAUAAAAUAUUAUGUGGACUGGGAAUCGGGAAUUUGUCGGAGUGCAAAAAUGACAAUAACGCCACGUCCGAGCCAAAAGACAUGAACCAGACGGUGCGGAUUGUGCUGUAUGUGCUCAUCUUCCUCCUGAGCUUCGUAGGAAACAGCCUGAUCAUCACGGUGCUGCUGCGGAACCGGCGCAUGCGGACGGUAACGAACCUGUUCCUGCUGUCUCUGGCCGUCAGCGAUCUGAUGCUGUGCGUCUUCUGCAUGCCCUUCACUCUCAUCCCGAACCUCAUGAAGAACUUCAUCUUCGGCACCGGCAUGUGUAAAGUGGCCACGUACUUCAUGGGUAUCUCGGUGAGUGUCUCCACAUUCAACCUCGUGGCCAUCUCUCUGGAGCGCUACAGUGCCAUCUGCAACCCCUUUAAGUCCCGCACAUGGCAGACGAAGUCCCAUGCCGCAAAAGUCAUCACAGCCACUUGGGCCGUGUCUUUUCUGCUCAUGCUGCCUUAUCCGAUAGGCAGCACUCUGGUGCCUUUCAUACGCAAUAACAACAGCACAGGCAACAUGUGCCGCUUGGUUUGGCCCAGUGAUGUCAUGCAGGCCUGGUAUGUUUUUCUUUUGCUGAUACUCUUUCUGGUGCCUGGGAUCAUAAUGAUGACGGCUUAUGGCCUCACCUCACUCGAACUCUACAGGGGGAUCAAAUUUGAAAUGGCUAACAGGAAGUCAAACAAAGAGAAGGAAUACGGCACACCCAAUCUGAAAAAUGGUGACGGUGAUGGCUGUUACCUCCAACCCUCCAAGAGAAAGCGUCCCGAACCCGUGACGCCGGGCUUCACAAGCCCCAAAUCCAAACUGAGAAGGGUUUGCAGCAAUAGCCCCACAGCAAACCUCAUGGCCAAGAAACGGGUCAUCCGCAUGCUGCUGGUGAUCGUGGGGCUGUUCUUCCUUUGCUGGACGCCGAUCUUCGUGGUUAACGCCUGGCGAGCCUUUGACAGACGUUCAGCCGAUCGUCUCCUCUCAGGAGCGCCGAUAUCCUUCAUCCACCUGCUGUCCUACACCUCGGCCUGCGUCAACCCCAUCGUCUACUGUUUUAUGAACAAACGCUUCAGACAGGGCGUGCUGGCCACAUUCAGCUGCUGUAGGGAUGAUGUGGAUGAAGUGAGCAGGAGCAGCACCCGUCGUAGCGCCAGAGGAGCUGGAGGUCUGGGAACGCUGUUUGGUGGGAGCGGAAAGGCGGACACUAACACGCAAAGCUCAGGAACGCUCACAAGGCUUACUGACACCAGUAUCCGUGGCUCAGCACAAGCAUAA